GAAGACUUGAGCAAGGAAGAUCUUUUGCGCCUCCUUGCCUGCCUCCAAAGUGAACUCGAGGCUCGUGACGCUGUAAUAAAUACAUUGAAGGUAUCGAAAGCUUGUUAUUUGCAUUGUGCUUGAAGAGCGAGGCGCUGUGUUCAAGAAUAACACCGAUUUAUGGAGUUCACCUCCGUACAGACGCGGUUGAUAAUUCUGAGGACCCAUUCGUUGCAUUACAAAGAGAUUCGGUAAUACGGCUUAGCUUCCUUUUGAUAUCUUAGUUGGUGUCGGGUGGCACAUAUGUGGAGGAAGGAUCUAAAUCCAUUCACGAUACACACCUUAUACAGCUAGAGAAGCUUGUUUCUUCCCAAAGAUCCGCUCAAGAAAAAUUGCGUGAACAGCUCCAGAGUACUCAGGAUAAAUAUAUGAAGGUACACAUGCCAACUAAUUUAUACAUGGUCCAGACUUGCAUCGCUCUAGAGCAACAGAGAAAAUGUCACGAACGCAAUGCUGCUCAGGGCGACAACGUGUUGAUAAUGCUGGAGAAAGAACGUGAUAGGCUUCGAUCCGAAGUACUUGUUUGACUUUUUCAAAUCACUUUUAAGGUUGCAUAUGAGAAAGUUCAGAAGAAGAAGUUGGAAAGAAUUCUGAAACGCGUGUUGGUAAGCUGGAAGCAGCAAAGGCUCCUGUUGGCGAGGCAGAAACAAGCGGCUGUCCUUGUUAUCAAGGAACACAAACGUCUGUUGGCUCAACUAUCUCACUACCGGAGACGUGUAAGCGACCUUGAGGCUACGUUAUCCGGCAGUUCAGUUGACCCCGCUGGUGAUGUGCCAUUGGUAUGCCAAACCUUUCAGCGCAUUAAUUUUCAACAGUGUGACUCCGAUUCUGGAGACGAACCACCUGAAACCACUGAAAAACCUGCAGGCAGUGAAGGUCAGACCGAUGUGUCUAGACUAUCGUCAGGUGAAUCCUCCCUACUUAAACAGCAGCUCACCGCAGAAAUGACAGCGAGAACUGAACUUCAACGUAGUUUUGAUAAGUUGCAGCGUGACUACGAAAAGCUGUUGUCUCUCACCAACCCAGUGUCGACAUCAACAACUGAUUUUUCGGCGAAUUCCCCCUUAACUGUGUCCGUGGGACAGUUAAGAGACACAGCUUCGUCCUUUAUACGUUCUAAACCAAACCUUAUCCUUCGGCGUUCGUGCGAUGUGUUGUCGUCUGAAGGUGUCAGUUCAUAUUUAAUGUCAAACGGGCCCAUGGCGCAAAUAUCUCCUCAACAUUCAGAUGCAGCGUCGUCACUUGUGUCCAGCGAUCCUGUAACCAACACAAUAUCUUCUAGCUCCGAUGAAAUUGCCUCACCCCUCAGUCCUCUAACCUUAACCUUGGCACCACAGGCCACUUCCUUACUCUUCUCUGACUCUCGCUCAUCAACCCCAUCCCCACCACCACCUCCCCCCGUUCAACUUCACUACCCUUAUCCAAGCAUACAAAGUCACCUUCAUCAACCUCAGUCACGAACUACAUCGGGAACCACUCACUUUUUGUCUUCUGCCAGUGGUCGUCCGUUGUCUGUACCACCGUCCCAGUCACCCCAGCCAAGGAGUUGUUCGAUCACACAAUCAGUCACCUAUCAGCACUCCUAUCAGAAUUCCACACACCCGAUCAAUCGCACACAAUCCGCUUCCAGUACAAGUUGUGUGCUUGUUCCAAGGAAAACAACAGUCGCCAAUCCCUCAGUCCAUCAUUCCCAUACGUCAACUCGUUCACCCAACUACCAGCCACCAUAUUCCACCCAUUUUGUAGCACCCCUAACAAAGCAUCCAUCUUCAGGUCCUCCGACAUUUGUUCACCGUGGCCAUGCAGGACCGUCUGUGGGACAGCAUGCGUCAGCUACUCAUCACUUUCCAUAUUCUCCAAGUCGUAUUACUCCAUCUGGCGGUCCUAUACAUUCUAGCAUGAGAACUUUGCGUGGUUCUUCAUCAGCCACUCCCUCACCAGCUGGCCUGAGUGGGACGAACCCAUCGAUCGGAACGGGACAUUUGUGCAUUAAUGGCAAGUAAGAUAAUUCCAAAUAUCACAUCUGUUUAUGAUCUGGGCCUUGGUGCUUCUAAUGCCUCCUGAAUUUGAGGUAGUUUCAUCGGACCCUCUAUCCGCCUUAUUACCAAUGUGUUCCUGGUCUAGUUUUCGACACUUAUCACACCCCAGAUUUAUAGACUAUCAAUAAAGGAAUGAUGAAGAAGCUUUUAUGGCCGUUUUGACCGUUUGCCAAGCGAUGUGAUCAACUCCAGUCGACUUCCCUCGUACCGCGCCCAAAUGCAUGACAAAUUCUUAACUAGUACGACUGCGGUAUUUAUCAACCAACAUCUACGGUGUUGGGUUAUUUUGGUGUCACGUGCAAUCCGUUUUUCCUUUCAGUUUUAUUUCUCACUGACCCCGUUUUAUUUUUUCAUCGCGGAACAUUUUUAUAAUUUGUUUUUUCUCGAGGUGCAUUAUUUGCUCCACUUUCUUGUAUAUGUACAUCUAUUCUUUAUCCACAUCUGCAGCUCCAACGAUUGUUGUCUUGUUAUCUCUUUCAACCAGGAUCCUGCUUUUUCUGGGAUGCGUGUUUUCUGGUUUGAAUCCGAUAACCAGUUAUUUUUACAUUCGGAUCGAUACUGCUCCCACACUACUGACUUCCCAUUGACAGAGAAGUUCAGUAUUGUGCUGUAAAGAAAGUAUUCAAUUCGUUUUCCAUAGGUUGGUGCAUUUGCAUUUUUCAACUACGCAUGCCUCCUGUAUGAUGCUAAUUCGCCAUUGUUCAGCUGAUAUCAUGCCCUCAUUGUCCUUUAAUUUUGGGGGAUUUAUGUUGCGUGCAAAAACUUCUUUUCGACUGCGCUAG